AUGUCCAGUGAAAAGACAAGCGUCAGCCAUGCGUCAUCGUUGGUGGACACCAAGUUUGGUAUCCAGUCCACCCAACUAUUGAGACCAGCCCCCUUACUUACGAAACCAUCAACUAUUCCUUUCUUCACUCUUUACCCAGUGUUUGCCAAUAUCUACUACAACCAUUACGAUGAAUAUAUUGUUGGUUCGGAAUGGACGUUUGUCUACUUGAUUGCUCUUUUUUCGCUCCAUGCCUUGCUUUUUCUUGUGCCUCAUUGGAAUAUUAACAUCAAUUCCAAGUUCAAUUACCAAGCCGUGAAGUCCAUUGAUGAAGCCUCCCACAUUUUGAUCCACCCAUUGCCAAAUCGCGGUGUUGGGGCAAUUACUAAGAUUAACAGAGUAGUCCACAGUGAAAAAGAAGUGCAAACUACUUUUGUUUUCCAGCAAAGAAGAUUUUUGUAUGAUAUUACUGCCAAUCGUUUUGCCCCUCCUGAAUUUUUGAUUGAUUGCAACCCAACCAUCAAGCAGUUCAAGCAUUCCAAGGGUUUGAAUAAUGCUGAAAAAAUCGAAAACGAUUUGAAGCUUUAUGGCGAAAACAAGUUUGACAUUCCUAUCCCAUCUUUCCUUGAAUUGUUCAAAGAACACGCAGUUGCUCCAUUCUUUGUAUUCCAAGUGUUUUGUGUUGCAUUGUGGGUUAUGGAUGACUCGUGGUACUACUCCUUGUUUUCUCUUUUCAUGCUUGUUUCAUUUGAAUUUACUACCGUGUUCCAAAGAAGAGGCACUAUGAAUGAAUUCAGAUCUAUGGGGAUCAAGCCUUUCGACAUUUAUGUUCACCGUGUGAACAAGUGGGUCAAAAUGAAGACUAACGAAUUGUUACCAGGAGAUUUGGUUUCCAUCAUUAGAAACACUGAUGAAAAUGCUGUUCCUUGUGAUUUGGUCUUAAUCGAUGGGACUGCUAUUGUUAAUGAAGCUAUGUUAAGUGGUGAGAGUACCCCAUUGUUGAAGGAAUCCAUCAAGUUGAGACCUGAUCAUGAAGUAUUUGAUGCCGAUGGUAUUGACAAGAACGCUAUUUUGCACGGUGGUACCAAGGUUUUACAAAUCACUCCACCAGCUGAAAAAGCUAUUGUCUCAAGACCUCCAGAUGAUGGUGCGUUGGCCAUUGUUAGUAAGACUGGUUUCGAAACUUCUCAAGGUUCUUUGGUAAGAGUCAUGAUUUUCAGCUCUGAAAGAAUUUCCGUUGGUAACAAGGAAUCUUUGUACUUCAUCUUAUUCUUGUUGGUUUUCGCUAUUGCUGCUUCCAAAUACGUUUGGGAUGAGGGUACUAGGAUGGGAAGAAAACAAUCAAAAUUGAUUUUAGAUUGUAUUUUGAUCGUUACCUCUGUUGUUCCUCCAGAAUUGCCAAUGGAAUUGACUAUGGCUGUUAACAACUCUUUGAGUGCUUUGGGUAAGUUCUACAUUUACUGUACUGAACCAUUUAGAAUUCCUUUAGCUGGUAGAAUUGAUGUUUGUUGUUUUGACAAGACUGGUACCUUGACUGGUGAAGACUUAGUCUUUGAAGGUUUGGCUGGUUUCAGUUCCGAUAACAUCAGACAUUUGUAUAAAUGCUUUGAUGAAAAAGUCCCUGCUGUUACCAACUACGUCUUGGGUUCAGCUCAUGCUUUGGUUAGAUUAGAUGAUGGUGAAUUAGUCGGUGAUCCAAUGGAACAAGCUACUUUGAAGGCAAGUGGUUGGAAAUUAUCCGAUUCUAAGAAGAACAUUGUUGAGAGAGAUAUUAGAUUUUUGACUAAGAAUAAUGUUGUUGACAAGAAGGAUACCGAGAAGUUCUCUAAUGAUAAGAUCAAGAUUUUGAGAAGAUUUCAAUUUAGUUCUGCAUUGAAAAGAUCCUCUACCAUUUCCCUGAUUUCUAACACCGGAAAGACUUUAGUUUCUGUUAAAGGUGCUCCAGAAACCAUUAGAGGCAGAUUGAUUGAAGUUCCAAGCAAUUAUGAAGAUGUUUAUAAGUCUUAUACUAGAUCCGGUUCCAGAGUUUUAGCAUUGGCUUACAAGUACCUUGAUGACAGAAUCCCAGUCAAUAGUCUUAAUAGAGAUGAUGUCGAAACUAAAUUGCAUUUUGCUGGUUUUAUCGUUUUCCAUUGUCCUAUGAAACCUGAUGCUAUUGAAACUAUUGAAAUGUUGAAUAAUUCUUCCCACCGUUGUAUCAUGAUUACUGGUGACAAUCCAUUGACCGCCGUCCAUGUUGCCAAGGAAGUUAAGAUUGUUGAAAGAGAAGUCUUUAUUUUGGACUCUUCUGAAGAUUAUGACCAUAUCAAUGAAAGCUUAGUGUGGAGAGAUGUUAAUGAAACCAAGAUCAUUCCAAUGAAUGCUGAUAGUGAGAUUGAUGAAGCCCUCUUCAAGGAAAACGAUAUUUGUAUCACUGGUUACGCUUUGAGUAAAUUGUUAGAACACAAGCAGUUGAAAUCAUUGCUUAGACAUACUUGGGUUUAUGCUAGAACUUCCCCUGUUCAAAAAGAAUUCCUUAUUAACUCUUAUAAAAACAUGGGUUACAACACUUUGAUGUGUGGUGAUGGUACUAAUGAUGUCGGUGCUUUGAAACAGGCCCACGUUGGUAUUGCUUUGCUUAAUGGUACUGAAGAAGGUAUGAAGAAACUUCAAGAAAAUCGUAAAAUCCAAGCAAUGCAAAAGGUCUACGAAAGUCAGAAAUCAAUGAUGAUGAGAUGGAACCAACCUCCUCCACCGGUUCCUGAAGCUAUUGCGUUCUUAUAUCCUCCUGGUCCAAAGAACCCACAUUAUAUCAAGGCCAUGGAAAAACGUGGUGUGGAAAUUUCUGAUGAACAAAAAGCCGAAAUUGCUGUCACUAUGGCCGCCGCUCCUGUUGUUCCAAAUGCUAACUCUGCUCCAACUGGUGGCAUUGCUGAUCAAUUGAUGGGUAGCUUGAGAGAGAUGGAAGAAGAAGAAGAGGCUCCAACUUUGAAAUUGGGUGAUGCGUCAGUUGCCGCUCCAUUUACCUCUAAGUUAUCAAGUGUUGCUACCGUUACCAAUGUUAUUCGUCAAGGGCGUUGUGCUUUAGUGUCUACUAUUCAAAUGUACAAGAUUUUGGCCUUGAACUGUUUGAUUUCUGCUUACUCUUUGUCUGUCAUUUACUUAGCCGGUGUUAAGUUUGGUGAUGGUCAAGCAACUGCUUCUGGUAUUUUGCUUUCUGUCUGUUUCUUGAGUAUCUCUAAAGGGAAGCCAUUGCAAACAUUGUCCAAGGAAAGACCACAACCGGGUAUUUUCAACAUUUACAUCAUGGGUUCUAUUCUUGGCCAGUUUGCCGUUCACAUCUUUUUCUUGAUUUAUAUUACUAGAGAAAUUUACAAAUUAGAACCAAGAGAGCCAAAGCCUGACUUGGAAAAAGAGUUUGUUCCAUCGUUAUUAAACACUGGUAUUUUCUUGAUUCAAUUGAUCCAACAAGUUUCUACUUUUGCUGUCAACUACAUUGGUAACCCAUUCAAGGAAAACAUUCGUGACAAUAAAGGGAUGUAUUAUGGUAUUUUGGGUGUUGCGUGCUUGGCCUUUGCUGGAUCCACUGAAUUCAUUCCUGAAUUGAAUGAAGGUAUUCAGUUUGUUAAAAUGAGUGAUGAAUUUAAGUUCAAGUUGACUGGUUCAAUGAUCUUGGAUUAUAGUUUGGCCUGGGUUGUGGAAGCCGUUUUGAAGUAUUAUUUCAUGGACUCUAAGGCAGCAGACAUUGCUUUACGUGACUAA